GCUGACAGCCGUUGAUGUGUUGUAGAUCGCAGCUGUGUAUCCCUCCGCGCUGUCCUGUGCAACAUUUCUGCUAGCUAAAGUUCUCUCAGCGCUCCCGUGUCUUGUGGGUCGGUUGAAGGGCUUUGGAGCAGGAAAAAAACAGAGUAACCCGAGUCCCCACAAUGGCAGCCAUCCUCCUCCGCUCCCUUUUGAGCAAAAAGGUCCCCCUCCAGCUGGGUCGCUGUUACUCCGCCUCCUCAGUGCCCACCACCAAGCUGUUCAUCGAUGGCAAGUUUGUGGAGUCCAACACGUCUGAAUGGCUUGACAUUCACAACCCUGCCACUAAUGAGGUGGUGGGACGAGUUCCCAAAGCUACUCAGGAGGAGAUGCUGGCAGCUGUGGACUCCUGCUCCAGAGCCUUCUACUCCUGGUCUGAGACUUCCAUCCUCAGCAGGCAGCAGAUCUUCCUGCGCUACCAGCAGCUCAUCAAGGAUAAUAUUAAAGAGCUGGCUAAAAUUAUCACCUUGGAGCAGGGCAAAACUCUUGCUGACGCUGAGGGAGAUGUAUUCCGAGGCCUCCAGGUAGUCGAGCAUGCCUGCAGCAUUACCUCCCUCAUGCUAGGAGAGACCUUACCCUCCAUCACCAAGGAUAUGGACACUUACACCUACCGGCUGCCCAUCGGAGUGUGUGCUGGCAUUGCUCCUUUCAACUUCCCUGCCAUGAUUCCUCUGUGGAUGUUCCCCAUCGGCAUGGUUUGCGGCAACACCUACCUGAUGAAGCCCUCCGAACGGGUCCCAGGAUGCACCAUGCUCCUGGCCAAACUGCUCCAGGACGCCGGGGCACCAGAUGGUACAAUCAACAUCAUCCACGGCCAGCACGCAGCUGUGAACUUCAUCUGUGACCAUCCGGCCAUCAAAGCCAUCAGCUUUGUGGGUUCCAACUCAGCUGGAGAGUACAUCUACGAGAGGGGAUCCAAGAACGGCAAGAGAGUGCAGUCCAACAUGGGGGCCAAGAACCACGGUGUGAUAAUGCCCGAUGCCAACAAAGAGAACACCAUCAACCAGCUGGUCGGCGCUGCCUUCGGAGCAGCUGGCCAGCGCUGCAUGGCUCUCUCCACUGCUAUUUUCGUAGGGGAUUCUCGUGAAUGGCUCCCAGAGCUGGUGGAGCGCUCUAAAUCACUGCGUGUUAAUGCAGGUGACCAGCCUGGGGCAGAUGUGGGGCCCCUGAUCUCACCUGAAGCCAAGGCCAGAGUGGAGUUUUUGAUCCAGAGCGGGGUGGACGAAGGUGCCAAACUGCUGCUGGAUGGAAGAAGAGUCAGUGUCAAAGGAUAUGAAAAUGGAAACUUUGUAGGACCUACCAUCCUGUCCAAUGUUACGCCAAACAUGACAUGUUACAAAGAGGAGAUCUUUGGGCCUGUGCUUGUCGUCCUGGAGGCUGAAAACCUCGACGAAGCCAUUUCUUUAAUCAACAAUAACCAGUAUGGCAACGGCACCGCCAUCUUCACCACCAACGGAGCCACGGCACGGAAAUAUACACAUGAAGUGGACGUUGGCCAGAUUGGCGUGAACGUGCCCAUCCCCGUCCCCCUACCCAUGUUCUCCUUCACCGGCUCCAGGGGCUCAUUCAGAGGAGACACCAAUUUCUACGGCAAGCAGGGCAUCCAGUUCUACACUCAGAUCAAGACUGUGACAUCGCAGUGGAAGGCUGAGGACGCCACUGUGACGAGCCCAGCUGUUACAAUGCCAACCAUGGGACGCUAAAUUGAAAGCACAUCCAGCAUUAAUGUAAAUGACUCCCUAUAUGCCUUACUACGAAGCCCAAGGACAGGAUUUGGGGGGGAGAGAGAGGUUACAUGUCCUUUUUUUUUUUUUAACUGUUGAGAAAUAUUCACAUUGGGGAUCACAGGUUGGUGACUCGUAGGCGUUGUUGUUGUUGCACAAGUACAAACAAAUGCAAAAAAACAAACGUGGGGAGAUUAAUCUGACUGAUGCAAUGAAUGGUGCUGUGAAUUUGGUGUAUUUUGUACCUGUUUUCUCCUCUUUACUUCCUGUUCGGAUCGAGUGGAGACAAGCUGCUCAAUCAUGUUACAUUUCUUUUCAUGCUCUGCCGUGUCAUAUUUCUUUAAAUCUACACUAGAUAUCAAGAAGGAUUAGGGAUUCUGCCUUCAAAGCAGUGACAGUCUUCCACCAGUAUCCUUGGGUUCCUCUGUUCAUGAGAGAAUUAUGUAGAGACUUGAAAUGUAGAUAAAAAUGGAACAAAGGCUACAAUAGAUGAAGGACACACCUGUUCUCUGUUACUCCACUUAAACUGAAAUAAUGGUUGCUGAGUUUUUGUCCUUUAAAUGUAUAUCCUACUGUAAACUAUCCGGUGUCGGGAUUAACAUUUCAUCUGUGUGUCUCAUAGAGGUCCACGGUUUUGUACUGUAUCAUUUUUUUUUAGAGAUAGAAGUUAAAUUGCAGUUUUCACAACAUGGACUUGACAUCUGAUGUUCUUGAUGAAAAUGAAGUGUGAUGAAGCUGUUAGUAGUCGUGCUGCGGUUACAGUACAAGCUAUUUUCGGUCUGUGUCCCCUUGACUUCUCUAUCAAGUCAUGUGGCUGAAGCUGAAAAAAAAAGAAAAGGAUUUGUCUGUUUUGAAUAAAGACACUAAUUUGACUCGGUUGAA